UAUACAUAACCUGGUUAAUAGAAAUGUCAUUUUGACAAUUUCAUUUGAAUAUAUUUUCAACAUGUUGAGGAAAAUUGUUUGUCUAAUUUAAAAAAUAGGAAUAAAAUCGACGAAAUGGAACCAAUAAUGAUUAUACAUGGAGGAGCUGAAGACGUUCCCGAAGAAAUGAUUCCUUGUAAAACGCGAGGGGUUAGAAAAGCUUGUAAUAUAGGUUACCGCAUUCUUACUCAGUGCGGUGGCAGUGCAUUAGAUGCAGUAGAAGCUGCUAUUUGUUAUAUGGAAGAAGACGAGGUAUUUAACGCAGGUCGAGGAUCGGCCUUAAAUGAAGAGGGAGAUAUUGAAAUGGAUGCAUCUAUUAUGUCCGGAGAUGAUUUGUCGACAGGAGGUGUAACUAUAGUUAAAGAAAUGUUACAUCCUAUAAGUCUUGCUCGAAUGGUUAUGGAAAAAACUCCGCAUGUUUUAUUGGCUGGAGAAGGAGCGAAUCGAUUUGCGAAUGAUUGCGGUAUGCCUAGAGUUCCGAAUUGUCAAUUAAUCACAGAGUGGGCUAAAAUCGAAUUGGAAAUGGUCAAAAAAUCUGAACGUUUACCUCGAUGCGAUACAGUUGGAGCCGUAGCUAUGGAUCGAUGUGGUCACAUAGCUACAGGUGCGUCUUCAGGGGGACUUACGGGAAGAAUGGUCGGUAGGAGUAGCGAUAGCAGUAAAUGUGGAGCGGCUAUUUACGCUGACGAUAGAUUAGGCGGAGUAUCUGUAGCUGGUCAUGGGGAAUCUAUAGUUAAACUUUGUUUAGCUUAUAAUAUAGUGAAUCAAUUACAGUGUGGAAAAUCACCUCAGCAAGCGGUUCAAAAUAGCGUUAAUGAAAUCGAGGAUCGAUUUUGUAAACGUGCCGGUGCCGUAGUUUUAUCUAAAUGUGGCAACGUUGGUGUAUUUUUCACCAGUCAUAGAAUGCCGUGGGCAUAUACCAAAGGAAAAAAGAUGUAUUAUGGAGCCAAACCUGGAGAGCUUAACGUGUCCGAUUGUUCAUGUAGUUAGUGCUGUAAUAUAAUCCAGUUUCGUCUA